AUGGGUUGGGUGGUGAAUGCUAUUCAGAACACGAGGACAAAUGUAAGAUCUCUUUUUGAAUUGUUGAUAGCUUCUGAACAAUCUCUUAUCCUUUCAUGGAUCUUUGAAGCACUGGAUGGCAAGGUAUCACAACUUGAGCAUGUUUUCAUUCAAGGCAGCAAAGUCAGGUUUAUGGUGAUUCCAGAUAUGCUUAAGAAUGCUCCAAUGUUCAAACGUCUAGAAGCUAGAAUCAAGGGCAAGGGUUCAACACUUGGCGUUAGACGGGGACGUGCUGUUGCCAUGAGAGCCAGGGCUCAGGCUGCUGGUCGUGGAGCUCCACUUGGCAGGGGCGUUGUGCCACCUAUAAGGAGGUGA